UCUAAGUGGUGGUCAUUUUAGUAGUAAGUACUGGUCAAAUUUGCUGCAAGUAGGAAAGCUCUAAUGAAGGUAGCCCGAAUUUGCCACAAGCAAGUGGGCUAGGGUCAAACCGAAAUUAAAGUGGAAUUUACAAGAGAUAAAAUUAAAGGGAUAUUACAAAGCAGUAAAUUGGGAAAACUCACACAAACAGUGGAGAGGUGCUAAUGCUAAUUGUCAAUUUACCUCCUAAAAUUUUCAACAUUCAUACUUUUUUUUCCUCUCUCUCCCUUUUCUUUCCACCGUUCAUCUUUUGGUCAACAUAGCAAGCUUUAAGCUGAGUAGACUAUAUUAUACACCACUGACUUGUUGGUUUUGUUUAGAAUUUGCAUCAAUUUCUACGCACAAGGGAAGACUUGGCCGACUAUGCCGUGUCAAUUGAAUUCGGUAUUUGAUAAAAUGAAAAAUGAUCAGGACAAACCCUCACAAACACAAUGGAGAACAUCCAUAAGGUGUUAUUGGUAAUGCUAAUCUUCUUUUGCUCCACCAUACCCGCUUUCUCUAAUCAGAACACUCUCGCUCCAAAUCAGUUUAUCCGACAUCAUGAAACACUUGUUUCUGCAGCUGGAACCUUUGAAGCAGGAUUUUUCAAUUUUGGAGAUCCACAACGCCAAUACUUUGGUAUAUGGUACAAGAGCAUAUCACCUAGGACUAUUGUGUGGGUUGCCAAUAGAGAGACCCCUGUACAAAACUCAACAGGAUUGCUGAAACUCAAUGAUCAGGGAAAUCUUGUUAUUCUUGAUGACUCGAAAGGCGUUGUUUGGUCCUCCAAUUCAUCAAGAAUUGUAGUGAAACCAGCUGCAGUGCAGUUUUUGGAUUCAGGAAACCUUGUUGUGAAAGAUGCAAACAGCACUGUGAACUUUUUUUGGGAAAGUUUUGAUUAUCCCGGUAACACUUUCCUUGCUGGAAUGAAGCUGAAAAGUAAUUUAGAAACUGGUCCAUAUAAAUAUCUCACAUCUUGGAGAAGCUCUGAAGAUCCUGCUGAAGGUGAAUGCUCACAUAGGAUAGAUACGCAUGGUUUUCCUCAACUGGUUACUGCAAAGGGAGCAACAUUUCUAUAUAGAGCAGGGUCAUGGAAUGGAUUUCUUUUCACUGGUAUUUCUUGGCAAAGAUUGUCUAGAAUCUUGAAUUACUCGGUAGUGUUCACCGACAAAGAAUUCUCUUAUCAGUAUGAAACUAUGAACAGUUCAAUUAUUACUAUAAUGGUGUUAGAUCCUUCCGGAAAUUCACAGCGUCUUCUUUGGUCCAAUAAGUCACAAGUUUGGGAGGAUAUAGCUAAUCGUCCUGCAGACCUGUGUGAUAAUUAUGCCUUGUGUGGUAUCAACUCUAACUGCAAUAUUAAUGACUUUCCAAUAUGUGAAUGCCUGGAAGGUUUCAUGCCAAAAUUUCAAACGAAGUGGGACUCAUCAAACUGGUCUGACGGGUGUGUAAGGAAAACACAUUUAAACUGUCUCCGCGGAGAUGGAUUUUUGAAGUACACAAGCAUGAAGUUGCCAGAUACGUCAUCGUCGUGGUUUGACAAGAGCACGAGCCUUGAGAAAUGCAAGACUGUGUGUUUGAAAAAUUGUUCUUGCACUGCAUAUGCAAAUUUGGAUAUCAGAUAUGGUGGUAGUGGCUGCUUACUUUGGUUUGACAACAUUGUCGACAUGAGAGUUCAUCCAGACCAAGGGCAAGACAUUUACAUAAGACUCGCAUCUUCAGAAUUUGAUCAUAAAAAGAAUACGAGGAACUUGAAGCGUGCUGGGUGGACUCUUGCAGGAGUUAUUGCAUUCAUUAUAGGACUAACCAUUAUUGUAUUGGUCACAUCAGCAUAUAAAAAGAAGCUUGGAUGCAUAAAAGUGUUAUUUCACAAGAAGGAAAAGGAAGAUGUUGACUCGGCAACAAUAUUUGACUUUUCGACCAUCACUGAUGCAACGAAUCACUUCUCUAACAGAAUCAAGUUAGGAGAAGGUGGUUUUGGACCAGUGUACAAGGGCAUAAUGGUAGAUGGCCAAGAGAUUGCUGUUAAGAGGCUUUCUAAAACAUCAGGACAAGGAACUGAGGAGUUCAAAAAUGAAGUAUUGUUGAUGGCAACACUUCAACACCGUAAUCUUGUAAAACUUCUUGGUUGUUCUAUACAACAAGAUGAAAAGUUAUUGAUCUACGAAUUCAUGCCCAACAGAAGCCUGGAUUGCUUUAUUUUUGAUGCUACACGAAGUAAAUUACUAGAUUGGAGAAAGUGCUUGGAAAUUAUUGAUGGGAUUGCUCGGGGGCUGCUGUAUCUCCAUCAGGAUUCUACGCUAAGAAUCAUACAUAGAGAUCUCAAAACCAGCAAUAUUCUUCUUGAUAUUGAUAUGAUCCCAAAGAUUUCAGAUUUCGGUUUAGCGAGAUCAUUUAUGGGAGACCAAGCUGAGGCUAAUACAAAUAGAGUGAUGGGAACAUAUGGAUAUAUGCCUCCCGAAUAUGCAGUGCGUGGAUCCUUCUCAAUAAAAUCUGAUGUUUUUAGCUUUGGAGUCGUCGUACUUGAGAUAAUUAGCGGUAAGAAGAAUAGCGGAUUUGAUGACCCUCGACAUCAUCUAAACCUUCUUGGGCAUGCAUGGAGACUAUGGAUUGAAGAAAGGCCACAUGAGUUCGUAGCUGAUAUAUUAUAUGAUGCGGAUAUAUGUUCAGAAAUAAUAAGAUUUAUUCAUGUCGGUCUAUUGUGUGUACAACAGCUACCCGAAAAUAGGCCUAACAUGUCAUCGGUAGUUUUUAUGUUAAAGGGUGAAAAGCUACUCCCCAAACCAAGUGAACCCGGAUUCUAUGCAGGAAAAGAUAAUACAAAUAACACAGGAUCUUCUUCAAAGGGUUGUUCAAUAAACGAAGCUUCGAUGUCAUUGUUAGAGGGCCGAUAGAAUGCCACUGUGUUACUGGCUUACUCAAAUUUGAAUAUGUGCUUAGAUUAUUAUUUCUAUUUAAAAAUGUCUUUUUCCAGCUUAUGGAAUGUGAUUAUAUGGAACCAUGACAGUUGCAGCAACAUGACU